UUAUUCGAUUCGUGGAUUUCAGAUUUAACGUGGGGGUCUCAAAAUGUGGUGGGAGUGUUUGCCAAGUUUCUUUAUCAUUAUCGGGGCUUUGGCCGUUCCUGGCCAGCUGGCCUUCGUUGUCAACAAACUGGCCUUCGAUCAUAAAUUUCGUCGUGACAGAACUGAAGAUUAUCAACGCAUGUAUCUUCUGCGUGACUUGAGGCUCACAGGCAACUACUACAAACAUGAAGGUUUGGAUGCUCUUCCCGAUGAGCCCCAGCCACCAGCACCGGUCAAGGAAGUUCCGGAAUACAAGAAGAAGAACCCUGGAAUGUUCUACAGUAUCACGUGAAAGCUCUUGCCAGCCCCCUUUCAAAAGAGACAAGCAGAACGUCAAUCGUCGAGUCUCAGCGACGUUUAGAUUUAAUCUAAAUUCCCCGUGAACCCGUCGAGCCAGUUCAUAGGAUGAACGGAUGUGUGCAAUUCGCCGAAUAAAAGAAUAGUGUUCGAUAA